AUCGUGUGAUCGCUCAGCCAACAUUUAAACAAUCGUCACCGAGUGGACCACAAAUGAAAGAAGAUGACCGCGUCAAGAGAGCCGCUAAUAGGCAGUUCAUGUGCCACAAAUGUAGCAGUGCCUGUUUGAAGUCAAUUGGCCAUCGAAAUGUAAGUUUUUUUUUGCCUCUAUGCAUCACAAAGCUCUCAGGCCCUUGCAUUGUUUUGAAUUCCUGAAAUUAGCGAAUUCAUAUCCAGAUGAAAAGGAAAAGAGUAAUAUUGCCAGGAAAAAGAGAUAAAUCCGUCUGAGUUUCAAGAAACAUUUUUGGUUUCCUCAAACAAAUUAUGAGAACGGGGGAACGAGAAGUAUACCGGAUAUGAUCUGUUUGAGCAAAAACCGAAUGCGUUGUCCAAUCCAUUUAACCUCUGAACUUUACUUCCGCCAUCGCACUGAUCAUAAAACCGCCUGAAUCCCCAGUUCUUUGCAUUAUUUUUUCAUUAUUUAAUCUUGACCGAUUUUUCUAUGUAUUUUUCAUGCUAACUUGAUACUUUUAAGCAAAGCUUUUAACCUAAAUCAUAUAAUUUUAGAAGUAACUGAAUUCCACAAACAGUGUUGGAAUGGUAAAUGCUAUAUCAUGUUCCCUAUAAAUAGAAAAGUCUAGAAACUUUGACACUCCUGCUUUGAUUAUUAACAGACCUUGAAAAAAAAGUUGUUGUUGAAAAUACAAAGAAGCGGAAUUGAAGUUUCUGGUCCAAUAUAAGUUUUAACAUAUCUCAAGAGUAGGUCCAUGAUUUGUAGCUGCCACGGUUAGAAAUACAGCGACAAAAAAUAAACACAGCUACGUUAGGCCUCUUGGCUGUACUGAUUUCUCUCCAACUUCUCUGCAUGACUGCUGCUUAUUUGAAAACCACAAAAGUCCUGUUUAUCGAUAUCAAGGAUCUCAGCGAUCUUUUUCAACAAUCUUUGGGAUCAUUGAGGAUGCACACAAACCUGGCUUUGCCACAUACUCUGCACAAGAAAUUAUAAACUGUUUAUAAUCUCUUGCUUUGACGGAACUAUGUUAAGUUUUUCCGUUUUGAUCAAGUUGAUCAAUUGCAAACUCUUGAGUGCUUUUUCAUCAAUGUGUUAAUUGCUGAAAACAAAAAUUGUUUUUCCUUACUCUGCAGAAUUCAACCACGAGUGGAAGCCAACCAAAUGUAGUGUGUGUAGAGGGUAAGUUCUACCUUUUUUUAUUCAUUGUAAUUUAUACCAUCAUUUUCAAUUCUAAAAUGUCUGGAGUAAAGAAAAAUAUACAUGAUGAGACCGCAUCUAUAAACUAAGCUGAAUAUUAAUAACCACAUCUCAUUCUUUUAUAUCUUUAUCUUAUCAGCUCCAGUUAGACCUCAAGGUCCACAAGGCUACCCCAGUCUACCUGGCCCUCCUGGUGCACCAGGCCCUCCUGGCCCUCAAGGACCGAGUGGCAAAAGAGGAAGAAAGGGUUCAAAGGGCGUACCAGGUCCCCGAGGAAAGCAGGGCAUGAGAGGAUUACCGGGACCCCCUGGAAAAUCUGCAUCAGAUGGGACAAACCAUGGCAGUGGAAACCAACUGGGUACAGAGUUUCAUUCUAUCUUUUAAUUCUAUUAACUCAUUCGGGGCCUUUGACAUUGUCGAUCCUGGCAGUAUAAGGUACGUGAUCUCGAUAGCAGAACAGUCGAAUAAGCAGGGGUAAGUGGUCAAAUAAACUGACUUAUUGUCAAGCUCAAAACAUUACAAAACCAAGAUGGCCGUUCGAGUAAAAAAAAAGUACACCGACGCCCGCGGUCUUCAGCGGCAAAUCCAUAAAAGGGCGGGAAAACGAGUGAUAUGUAAACAAAACAUAUAUAUUCCUUAAAUCCUUCUUUAACAGUGCGUGUGUGUCACAUAUGAACACAACAAUGGCCAACACUGUUGAGUCUCUGUGGCUCAGUGGGUAUUCCCUCAUGGGAAUCAAAAUUUAUGUUCCGCGCUCGUGAAAAUUUAAAAAUGUAUCUUUUUCCAGCAACGGAGCUUGUUGCAAUUUCGUAAGUAUGGAGCAAAUCGGAAUAUUGGCACCGCCCCCUUGAUGGAGUGCUAGUCCGUCGAAGGUGACCCUCCUUCCAACCCCCACCCCUGACACCACCUUCCACCGCCAUUUCUUUACUCCUUUAUAUCUCUAGGUGGAGAAUGCCACGGGGCUGAAACAAACAACACGACACAGGGUUGAGUUAUAAUGAUCAUCAUCAUCAUCAUCAUCACCACCAUUAUCGCUAUUAUCAUUACUAUAGUUAUCAAAGCCCUUUUCGACUGUGUGUCAUCUGAAACUGAAAUUAAAGUUGACCAAACGGCCAAUAAGGUGGAAGGAAAAUUUCAUAAAGAGCCAAUAAGAAUCAAAGUAGAAAUGAAACUGGCAAUCUGCCUUAACUGCGGGAAAAAACGAGUGACUUGGUUAAUUGGUCAUAGUUUUGCAUGUUACUGAUUGACAGAGUGGCACGAAUUUUCUGGACCAGUCACAAAGCGUACGCGUCACGAUGCAAAACCAGCGUAGUCCUCGGAUUGCCUGUUCGACGAGUGAAAAAUUUCUGUAUAAGACUGCCAAUGACCUAGGAUUGUUAAAAAGAAAACCAUCUAAAAUAUUUCUUUUGCAGAGAUUCCACGUAUUAUUUCGAAACCACCCUCUUCCGAUCCCAUUAAAGAGAAAGAGAAAGUUACUCUUCCUUGUAAAGCUGUUGGCUUCCCACAGCCAAUUAUCACGUGGUACAAGAAUAAUGAGCUAAUAGACGAGGGAAGGAAACAUUUUACAGAGUGGAAUUUGGAAUUUCAGGAAAUCAAGUUUGAAGACCGUGGUAUUUAUACCUGCAAGGCGGAGAAUUUGUUGGGACAUGCGAAGCUGUCGGUCAAUGUAACCGUGAAUGGUUAGUAUAGUUAACUAUCAGACUUCCGAGUAGGAGGUGGUGAAUAUCUCACUCCCUCUCCCCCCUCUUCCCCCUCUCCUUCCUCUCCCCCCUCUCCCCUCUCCCCCCGCGCGAGGCUUGUCAUGCUUCCGUUAUUCAAGGUUUUUUAUCUUCAUUUUGGUUUGCAGUACCACCAAAAUUCAUCACGAGACCAAAGAGUUUUGUGAAGGGUGUCAAGAAUUGGGACACUGUUAUUACAUGUGACAUAAUUGGCUACCCCACCCCGGCUAUCACAUGGACAAGACCUCCGAAGCAACUCUCUUCGAACAGGCAUAUCAUAGAUGGCAAGCAACUUACGAUUAGGAACACAAGCGAAAGCGACGGCGGAGGUUAUGUUUGCCAUGGGGUUAACUCAUUGGGAAAUGUGAUGGCUAUGACAUGGAUCUUCGUUAAAGAUGUCGGUAAGAAGAUUAAUCGAAAAGCGCUAUAAACGGAAACCUGAGGAGUACUACUCGUUAACUCUUCUUUGUCUUGGUUUUCCUAUUGACUGCAUGAGAGAUUUUGUGCUUAAAAAAGUUCGUAGCAAAGCAGACAAGGAAGACGCUCCUAAGAAAGGGUGUUUGACGAAAACAUUCCUUGGGCAUCCACGAUCCCCAUCCAAAGUCCUUGUCCUCCAAGGAAAGACUGAAACCAUAUAUGACCUCAGCCUUGUCUUUUAAUUGGGCACAGGAGAGAGAGCCGAAGUGUCUCACAGACUUGAAUGUGCCUAAUAUUGUCUAGCUAACAAACUAAAGAAAACAAACAUAACAGAUUUCUUGAUAGCUUAGUUUUCAAAUCUCAAUUACCCGACGAUAUUUUCUUAAUCUAUGCACCUGUAAUAGAUCUGCAUGUCAAGUACGGUCAACGGUACUAUAUCCAAAAGGUAAAAUUCAAAACUAACAGUUAUUAAGGUACAUGAAAGCAAAAUAUAUGAAAGACUUUCAAUCAAUCAUGACGGUUUAGAUCAAGAAAUUAAAAUGCUGCAGUAACCUCUUUUCUUUUACUUUUUGCAUCUCGUCUUAGUUAAUCCCUAUAUUGUCUCCAGUCCUCCAAGUAAAAUUGAGGUGGGGAGUGUUGGUGAUGCUGUGACGCUAAACUGUUCAGCUCGUGGCUCACCGCUACCUAGAGUCACGUGGUUCAAGAGUGGAAAACGCGUUGUUUCAACAGAAGAGGAUGAUGGGAGUGAUUUAUUAAAGAGUGGAGUCGUUAUUCCUUCCUUCCAGCACAGUGAUGCUGGGGCUUAUACCUGUUGGUUUUACAAUGACAAGAAUAUGACAACAGAAGCCAUAACAAGUCUAAGUAAGUAUGAAUGCUUCGUUAGCAAAACGGAUUCUAUUGGUUUCUCAGAGUUUGAUGUUGUUUUCGACAGAAUGUGGAUCGUUGGAAUGGCUCACAAGAUUGGCUGAAACCCUAUGGUGAUUUGAAUUGUGUUCCAUUGCCCAGGUCAGGCAAAAUCAAUUAAACGAUUGGCUUCCAACUGGGUUUGAUUGGCAAAAUCUGAACCUAUUACGCUAGCUAUUAUUCAUAACUUUUGAGAUUUCCACAUCCAGUUUCGACUUUGAAAAGCUUUCUCUCUCUCAAUUGAUUAGCUUUUCUUCUUUUCCUCUAGGUCUGGCCAGUUGUGGUAACCCUGGUACGCCACAAAACGGACAGAAACGAGGCUUACGAUACUGGCCCGGUGAAUCAGUCUCGUUUGUUUGUGAUCCACAGUAUCAUUUGACUGGUUCGGUCAUCAGAACGUGUUUAUCCUCUGGUAACUGGAGUGGAUUACAGCCAUCCUGUAAGUUUGAGCCGUUCCCUUUCUUCCUAUUUUAUUAUUAUUAUUAUUUUUUGUUAGGGACCUUUAGCAGUUAGGAUGGCAACUCCAAGGAAGACAUCGAUUUAAAAAUGAUAAUAUAUUUUUAGUUGGAAUUUAGCGAAUGACUGGAUGUGUUUACCAUCUCUUCCGGUGCCACAAGCCAGCCUCAGCAUAAAAGUAUGAGAGCGGCGUUGAGUUCCAAAUUGAAACUUUAAUGAUUUGCCGUCAGGGUUUCCGCAAAUUUUGAUGAUUUUAUGGGGUAAUUUUGCAGAGGCCGGCUAAAAAAUGUACAAAGUUUUAAAACGCACUUGCCGAGCUAAUGUUCUGCUCAUUAGAUCUUUUGUUUUGCUACGGCCUCGUUGACGUCGCCGUCUUGCUUUAUUAAAAUAUUAGCUUUAGGCCGGUUAUUUACACAUGAUUUUACGCAAGCAGUGAGCCUCAGGCUCUCUCUUUAAGAGGGUUUAUUUAAUCAAAUGAAUCUCCUUCCACUAUUAGCUUUUGGCCUCUUGUCACUGUUCUCAGAGAUAAGUGUUUAGAUAAAAGUUUCCGCUGAAUAGAAGAUGGCUUACAGCGCGGUUUUGUUCAACAACGGCUAAACUUUGUUUGAAUAACUAGCCGUUAGGUUUCUUUUCUUUUUUUUCUAGAGAGAUCAAUCAUAUAUAUCAAUCACAAUUUUUAUCAUUACUUAUUACAGAAAAAAUAAAAUUGUGCAGUAAUUGUCCAGUUGAGGACGCUCGUGGAAGGGACUGUUGUCGGUAGUUGUGACAGAAGUUUUAAAGACCCAAGCUGAAGAUAUCACAAAAAUCAAAUAAAGAGCUGUUUAUUAGUUUUAUUAUACAUUAUAAUCACUAUCACUUUUCUGAUUGGCCGAAGGCGUACAGUGAAUUUUCGAAAUCAGCACAUGGCACGUCAUCUAGCUGCAGAUCGUAUACAAUAAUGAUGUCAAGGACACUCAAGGUCAUGGGUAAUCCUAUCAUGUGAGACCGCGGUGCAUGAUUUCUAAGGGUAAUCAUGUCAGGUUCGCGCGCUUUGUGUUCCUUGAUAAACUAUCAGUUCCACGUAUUGGCGUGACCAUGUUUUUUUUACGUUCAAUGUAUAAAAAAGCAAUUAUAAGAUUCGUUUUUUGCGAUAUCUAGAAUCGGCUUCGGCUGAUAACCUCUAAAUCGACCUUGAUUAUUCUGGAUAUCACAAAGACCUCAUCCAAUAAUUGCUAAUAAUUUCAUGAGUCUGAUUUGUCACUGAUGUUUUUGUUGUACCCUUACAACGGAAAUAUUUAAUUUCAGAAUAGCUUCACUUCCCUUUUUUUUCUAGGCCACAGAAUUUGUCCUCCUUUGGAAAGUCCAGACCGUGGCGCCAUCAACGGACAACAAUUUUGGGAAGGGAAGACUGUUUCAUACACUUGCGCUUCUGGCUAUCAGCUUAGUGGAACUUCAGUGCGGCGAUGCUUAAAAGAUGGAACUUGGACAGAAAAUAAACCAGAGUGCCUUCCCCAGAAAAUAGGUAAAUUACAAAUAGCUGAGGUGGGAGAGAAGGGAGAGGAAACUCCUGAUUUUCCUGUUUUCAGACUUGGCCUCUAAAAUCUGUACCCGUUUUUAGAUCUGGCAAACGGCUUAUUGCGAAAUAAUUGAUUCGGUAUCGCAUCAGUUGAUCUAGGAUUGGCAAAAUUUGCCCAAACCCUUAGGUCUCAUAAUGUAUUUUGGCUAUUUUUCUCUCUUUAUCAUUCAUUUGGAUCCGAAAAAAACGAAAGCAAAAACAAAGAAACCAAAUACUCUUAUGGUUCCCUUGCAAACCACUCCCUAUUUGAGACCAUUACAGUUAAUACAUUCUCUAGCAUACAAACACUUCGACAUAAACUUAAAGGUCGCAUCUUGUUCUUCACAUGGUGACAAGAUGGAAUUUUUCAUUUGAACGUAAAAAAUAUUUGUUGGUACACUAAAGAUCAGUAAUUAAUAAUCGCCGGGGGGUGGAAGGGGGGGGAGGAAUAAUAUACCUGUUCUCCCCAUAAGCCUCUGUAAUAUUCUCAUGACCCCCUUUCGUUGGCAUGUAAUUGGCGGUCAGUUUCUAUAGCCCCCCUCUAUACUCUGUUGGCGACGACUGAUCCACCCCUCCGUUCCCUCUGGAAACCAUGUUAACCCCUCCCCCCCUCUAAAUCCUCCCCUCAGUCAAUAAUCAUGGGCUGGUCUCUUAUUAUCAUUGUUAUAUACCUAAACUUUUACUCAACAAAAUGAGCUCUGUGAUUGGUUGAUUAUUGGUCACGUGUCCAAAUUCAAAUGUAUCCCAAUCGAGAUACAAUUGCGCAGUUGUUGCCCGCGCGCCGAAUACAAUAGCAUGUUUUUGCCAUAUGACUGUUUAAGGGAAAGUCUAAAUAUAUAACAAAGCACUUAAUGUAUAGUCCCUCGGGAAACUAGUUAGUUCUGUUUUCCCUCGAGUCCUGAUGUUUCCCGAGGCUAAGUCGAGGUAAACAUCAGGACUCUCGGGAAAACUAAGCUAACUGUUUCCCUCAGACCUUACAUUAAGUGUAUAUUGUUAUAUAUUCCUUCAGAGGCGUAAUACAAGUAGACGCGAAAACUCCCCCACAAAAUUUAACCUUUAGAGCAUAUUUUUUUUCAGACAAAUGGCCUGAAGGUCAUUACUGCAUUCUUGCCAACGGAUCAUGUCCAGCAGGUUUUUCUCGGUCCUCGGGUCACAUGCGGACACUGAGUUUAUACAGUAGCAGUUCCUUCUACAUCACUCAGGCCCGGUUUGGGGACAGCAAGAUACAAUGUCAUGGAGGUUGCGGUCAAUAUGGGCAUUGGAUUGGAGAGAUUCACAUCAGAGCAUGCUGUAAAUAACUUCGUGUAAUGCCUGUGAAAUGGAAUAAAAGGCAUGAUGCUGAAAAACCAUCGUUUACAACGUCCUCAAACAACUCUUAGUUAGCCUGAUGUCAACAAGAUUGCAAAUUCUGAUCUAAACGAAGAAGCUUUUUAGCGUCAUAAGCAUAAGCUGUAGGAGUUUUCUUUGAAAUAGAGGCAAUCGAGUAAAAGGAUUAAUUCGACAGAAAUAAACAUUUGUAGCUGUAGGGUGUGUAACAAAGCGAGGUUUCUUGUUGGUACGCACAUUAAUCGCAUAGACUGCUGGCAAAGAUCAUAUGUAUGACCUUGUGAUCCCAAAUAAACAUUUACCACAUGG